AUGGCACGUAGAGGGUUCAUUCUGUUGUUGUUCUUCGCUCUUACCACACUCUCAACGAUUGGUUUUGCGCAACACCAGUCAUCUGUUGUCGAAACUCUUUCUCUGAAUCGAAGCAGUUUUCCCACAGGCUUCGUUUUCGGGACAGCAUCCUCGGCUUACCAGUACGAAGGUGCAGCAAACGAAGGAGGAAGAAAACCAAGUAUAUGGGAUGCAUACACUCACACAUAUCCAGGUUUUUCUUUUAUUUUUGGCUAUCAGAUAAGCGGUGAAGAUAAUGGAGAUGUAGCCAUCGACCAGUAUCAUCGUUACAAGGAAGAUGUUCAGAUAAUGAAGGAUAUGAAUCUGGAUGCAUACAGACUCUCCAUCUCUUGGUCUAGAAUCCUACCAAAUGGAAAACUGAGUGGAGGUGUAAACCCAGAAGGAAUCAGAUAUUACAACAACCUUAUCGAUAAUUUGCUGGCCAACGGUAUAGAACCAUAUGUGACACUUUUUCACUGGGAUCUUCCCCAAACUCUGGAAGAAGAAUACGGAGGUUUCUUAAGUCGUCGCGUCGUAGAUGAUUUUCGAGACUAUGCAGAAAUUUGUUUCAAGCACUUUGGAAACAGGGUGAAAUACUGGAUUACUCUGAAUGAGCCAUGGUCUUAUACUAAUAAUGGUUAUGCACUUGGGAGCUUUCCACCAUGUCGAUGUUCUAAAUGGGUCGAUUCAACUUGUGUUGGUGGUGACUCAGGAACAGAACCUUAUAUAGCUUCACAUAAUCUACUACUUGCUCAUGCAGCCGCCGUACACGUCUACAAGAAAAAAUUUCAGAAUACUCAGAAAGGAGUCAUCGGCAUAACACUUAUUUCUCAUUGGUUUGAACCAUAUUCAAAUAGUCAAGCAGAUAAAGACGCAGCCAUAAGAGCACUUGACUUCAUGUUUGGAUGGUACAUGGAGCCAUUGACAUCAGGAAGAUACCCAAAGAGCAUGCGUUCUUUAGUUGGUAAAAGGUUGCCCAAGUUUUCAAAACAUGAAGCAAAACUUGUUGCUGGUUCAUAUGAUUUUCUUGGACUGAACUAUUACACCACUUACUAUGUUGCCGAUGCAUCCAAAGCCAACAAACCUAGUUAUACAACAGAUGCUAAUGCCAAUCAAUUAACUGUUCGCAACGGAGUUUCUAUUGGUCCACAGUUUGGUCCGAGUUGGUUAUUUAUCUACCCCAAAGGAAUUAGAAAAUUGUUGCUUUAUACCAAUACAACCUACAAUAGUCCUUCCAUCUACAUCACAGAAAAUGGCAUGGGUGAUAUUAACACUGAUCCAACACUCUCGGUUAAAGAAAUGCUUCAAGAUACUUAUAGAAUUGAUUAUUAUUAUCGUCAUCUUUAUUAUAUACUCUCAGCAACCAGGGAUGGCAUAAAGGUAAAAGGGUAUUUUGCAUGGUCGUUGUUGGACAAUUUUGAAUGGAAAGAUGGUUAUCAAGUGCGAUUUGGACUAAACUUUGUGGAUUACAAAAAUGGUUUGAAGCGGCAUGCCAAACAAUCUGCAAAAUGGUUCCAAAAUUUUCUUCGAAAAGAUUAAACUUCAGGGAUUCUAAUAUUAUAUUUCCUAUUACACACUCUAUUAUUAUCCUUUAUAUAGUUUCUUUAAUGUAAUGCAACCUAUUUCAUAUUA